AUAAGACCAUUAAUUUUCCUUGAACUGUAUCCAUUGAAUUUUUGAUGCUUUUAUUACUACAAACAUUAAAAAUGAGAAGUCUUCAAUUGUUAUGUGUUGUGGUUGUGUUUAUCCAGCUAUCACACCAGGCGGCAAUUGAAAAUAGAAUUGUUAAUGGUAAAAGAGUGUCUAUAGAAGACUAUCCGUAUCAAGUGGCUUUAUUUAAAAAAGAAGUAAUAAAUGACAAGUUUACAUUUGGAUGUGGCGGAUCCAUAAUCUCCCAAAAAUAUAUUCUUACUGCUGCUCAUUGUGUAUCUUUCAAAGGGGAAAAUAUACCUGCUGAACAUAUUUUUCUUAUGGUAGGAAAAUCAAGUGUAGCUAAUUUUGAUGAACAGUCGGCAUUCAAGUCUAAUAAAAUAAUAGUACAUCCGAAUUACAAAAGUACAUCAGUGACAAGUGAUAUUGCCAUAAUAAAUCUUAAAGACCCUAUAAAAUAUUCUAGCAGAAUAAAACCAAUCAGGUUACCAAAUCAAAAUGCAUUAGAUUCAUCCUAUUAUGGUAAGAUCGCUGUAGCAACUGGAUAUGGCUUAUUAUAUAAUAAUACAAAGACUACAGAUUUACACGCUGUUAACCUUACAAUGCCGAAGUCUAGAGGCUUGCAUUGUGAUGCUACAGAUAUUUGUAUCCCACCACAGGAAAAUCAAAGGGGUAUUUGUUCGGAUGAUUCUGGCGGACCUUUGGUUAUAAAUGGAGUACAAUAUGGAAUUAUAUCCAAUAUGAAAUUACAAUCCGAUAGUGAUCAUUUCUGUCAAAAUGCAGAACAAUUUAAUUUUGCUAAUGUCGUUUACUACAGAGAAUGGAUAUCUACGAACUCUGAUGUUGAUGAUCAGCAUCCUAAUAUUAAUGACGAUUCGAAGGAUGAUAGAUAUAAAAUAUAAUAAAUCGAAGAGAUGUAUACAAAACUAUGCUUAAAGGUCUAAUAAGUUUGGAAAUUAAACGUUUAUUAUACUUGAAAGGCUGUUUUAGCCAAAUUGUACAUUAUAUAUUAUAUAACAAUUGAAAAUAAUAAAAAAAACAUUUUUAAAUAAAA